AUGCCACCGGCUACUGCGACUGCCACACCGGCUCCGACUCCGGCGGCGGAGUCCUCUAGCAGUUUCCAGCUACCAUGGCAGGCCAUUCCGAGAUUCAUACCGGGGACUACGGAUGUGACAGAGUACAGCAAGAAGCUCCAGUUCCUUGCGGCGAUGUGGCCGAAGGAGCAUCUCUCCUUGUUGGCGCCCAGGGCGGCGUUGAUGUGCGAGGGAACGGCAUUCAAGAAAGUGGCGUCCUUGGACGCCGAAAAGUUGAAGGCCAAUGAUGAGACCGGAGUAAAGCUCCUAGUGUCAACCCUGGGUGGCUCCUGGGGUAAGACUGAUCUGGAGAAGAAGUACGACAGCUUCGAGAAAGCGAUUUAUGGUACGACCCAGAAGGCAGACGAGACCAAUGACAGCUACCUGGCAAGGCACGAUGUUCAUUUUGAAGAGCUGCUGGCUGGUGGUGUGACUUUGAAGGAGAUCCGAGCGUACAUUCUUCUACGCCAAUCCCAGUUGUCUUCGGACGAUCGGAAGCGGAUUGUGGUAGAGAUGGGCGGUACCUUGGAGUAUGGCAAAGUCAGCCAAGCUAUCCGGCUGCUAGGGUCCCGAUUUUUCACGGAUUUGCAAGGACAGCGCAACAGCAAGUCGAAGACCUACGAUGCAAAUCACGUGGAUGAGAACAUCGACGAGGAGCCCGAUCGAGGAGUUCCAGCGGCUGCCGCUCAUUUCACCGAUGAGGGCGAAGCCGAUUUGGACAACGAGUACAUCGAGGCGCUUGUGGCAGCAGAAGAUCAAGAUGCCUUACAGGUUCAAGCGUUUGAGGAGGAGCUGGAAGGCUUCUUCCAGGACACUCCUGACCUGCAAGAUGCACUGGUGAAUUACUUGGAAGCUCGCAAUCGUCUUCUUGCGAAGAAGCGAGCUAGAGGUUUCUGGCCAGUUGGAGCAGGCGGGAAGGGAUCCAAGGGCGGACGUUCCGCCAAAGGCGGAAAGGGCAAGGGCAAAAAUGCCCGCGAGCAACUGCUCGCACGCAUCAGCCGAAGCAACUGUAGACUGUGCGGCGAACGCGGACAUUGGAAAGCAGAAUGUCCCAAGCUGGGCAAGGGAAGCGGUCACGCCGGAAAGAGCGAGAUGGCCACUACUACGGUUGCCGAGGUCGAUGAAUCCAAUUUUGCCACCCUGGAUGAAGCCGAGGUUCAGAUUGCUGAGGUCUGCACUAGCCUCCCCGAGGGAGCGCUGACGAUGGAAGUUGUGCCCAGUGCCGCAACGGCGCUGAUCAGCCACGGUCCCAUAGAAGCCAUUUUGGAUACGGGGGCCAGUCGGUGUGUCAUGGGCAAGCAGCUUGUGCUCGGCUUCUUGAGCCAACUGGAAGAGCAGGGCAACCGUGCUUUGGCCGUUCGCUUCGCCCGUUUGAACGAGCCGCAGCUGCGGUUCACCAUGGACGAGAUUCGCACCAUGCCUUUGGAAGAGCUGGGUCGGUUCACAAUCGACUUCGGCAAAGCCAUGCAUGGACGGUCCUACGUGGACGUAGCCGAGAACGAAAAGGGAUGGUGCAAGUGGAUCAUCGAGCAUAUGGGCCAAAGCGAGAAGCGUUGCCACCAGGCUUUCAUAGCCUAUCUGGAGCGCUACGUGGAUCAAGCCGAAGCCGUGGAAAGUGCCCUUCUGGACACCAUGGAAGCUGUGCUCGAGACCGAACCUUCGGCCACUCGAGGUCGGCCCAAAGCUGCAGCCAAGAGCAUCAGCCGCCCGCCGGCCCAAUCCUCCGAAGCCGUGCCCGAAGCCUGGGACUUGGUGAAUCAAGAUUCGUCCGAUCCACCUCUCGAUCACCAGGUCACGUCUUUGGCCACUCGCGUGACCCACAUGGAAAGUGUUUUGCAGCAAGUGCUGAUGGCUGUUCAGGAUCUGUCUGCGCAUGAACUGAAGGAAGCGUGUGCGUUCCAGGCGUUUGACCCACAGGUCAUCGAAGAGCCUGCAAAACAACUCCUAGACCAACAAGCUCCCCUACCCGAGCUUAAGAAGUUCCUUCGAUCAAUCCCCUGGGACAAGCUUAAGACACAUAGCGCGGGAACACGAACUGGACUUGAACUCUUAGAAACUGAAGACAAUAAAAAUCCUGCUUAUGUGGUGUUCGGGAUGUUUGUUCAUGGGGGCAAAGUAGGCAUCACCAGAGUCUCGCGUGACUUUCCCUGGUUGACCCAAGUUCUGGUGCGCAUGAUCAAGUUGACGGACCCCCAUCAGCAAGUAACAUCCAUCACCAUAUCCCGAAACACCCGAUCGACCCCACACCGAGAUAGCUUCAAUUCACUGGCGAUCCCGAACAUAGUCAUUCCUUUUGAGUAUCCACGUGCUGGUGGUGAGAUCUGGAUCGCUCAGCCGCCUGCGGCAAAUCAGCAGAGCAAGACCCUGAUGUGUCGGGGGCAAGAGAUUGAUGGUUCCCUUCAGUCCUUAAAAUCCGCAGUUUACGUGAAUCCUCACAAAUGGCAUGCCACCAUGCCAUGGGAGGGAAAUCGAUCUGUUGCAAUCGGCUACGCUGUGAAGCCUGUCUGGAAGCUGGAGGCUUCCGAUCGUGCUUGGCUGCUUCGACAAGGGUUCGCCUUGCCGACUUGCAAUCAUCCAGCAUUCCCUAAAGUAGCUUCCCGUAGCAUCGCCAACGCCCAGAGGGUCUGUCCUGAGUCAGCCCUUCGACAAGAGCUGGAUGCAUCCCAGCAUAUGCUGAGCAAGUCCUCCUUGGCAAACCUGGCUUCCAGCGUCGAUGCAGCCAGUAAGAGUGCUUUCAGUGUUGCCGAAGACAUUUCCUGGAGCACGUUCCAAGACUCCUUGCUUACCUAUGGUCAAGCGACAGGGCCUAGGUUAGAUGUUUUAGAGAUAUAUGCUAGUGAGGAUAGUCGAUUGACAACCUGGGUUAGAAGCUUGGGGGGAAAAGCGCAGCGCUUCACAGCAAAGGAUGGAGAUCUAACCACUGCAUCAGGCCAGCGUGCUCUCUGGGAUUUGAUUCAGAAGACGCAGCCUCAGCAUGUUUGGUGUUCGCCGGACUGUCGCUACUGGGGGUCCUGGACAAACUUGAAUGCUGCCCGAUGUCCCAGAUAUCGUUCCCAUGUUCACCAACAAAGGGAACAGCAGCAGGUUCACUGGAAGCUUUGCACAAAGAUUUGUCAGUGGCAGCAUCAACACAAUCGGGGUUUUCACUUAGAAUUACCUUCCGGUGUUCAACUACUUGGAUCACCUGAGCUUGAAGCCAUUCAGCAACAGACCCGCCGUGUAACGAUCGACAUGUGUGUGUUUGGACUCCAAACUCCUGUCAGUCAGAAGCCAAUCAAAAAGACCACUGUGAUUCUUAGCAACUCCGAUGACCUUAUUCAACAACUGGUAGACAAGCAGUGUCAAGGUAGACAUGUUCAUCAGGCGAUAGCCGGCCGUUUGCGCGAGCUCCAAGGUCAGACUGUGGCAAAGUUUGCGGGCACAUACUGCUCUGGGUUUGCGCAUUAUGUUGCCCGUCAGCUGUUGAAGCAAGCAGCUGAGAAGGCUUGUGCUGCUGAGGAUGUUCCCCAGUUCACCCGCAAGAGGUUUAAGACAUCCACGGGCAUUCCCGCGCCCAGCAAUAUCCUUGGCUCCCAUAAACGCCCUGCAGCGGAAGCAAAUGAUGACCGGAGUACCGCUGUCCGAAAGCUUGAUCCGGUGCUGAAUCCUGAUGUGCAUGCUCCGUCUGAGUUGCCUGCGGAUGUGUGGCAAUCCAUUUUUGAGGUUGCUUCUUCCUGUGGACACCGUCCCGCUGCAGCGCUUGUCUCCCCACAACAUGAUCUGAUCCCCGCUUUGCAAGCCGGGCUUCCCCAGUUUAGCAUACAGCAAGUAUUUGUUGGAAAGGGAAGCCGCAACCUUCAGAGUCCUCUAGGUGCUUUGCCUCCUACGGUAGCGCCCUGGAGAAUAAGUCUGGGGUCUCGUGUUGCUGCGGAUGGAACGAGGAAGUACUUUUGCUUGGGCAACGAAGAUCGCACCACGAUGUCUGCCGAGCGGAAGAAGCUUCGAGUGCCAGUUGUCGAAGUUUCCAUCACUGUGCUAGGUCAUACCCGAGAUAUGAGGUCUCGUCCGGAAGCUUCGAUUUCGUCCGGAGAAAAGCCGAGUUCCGAAGGUGAUCCGAAGCCAGAUAUCGAAGGAUGGGCACCUCCUCCGGUGCCACUGCAUGGACCUGCCUUUAGGAGCCUCGCCCCAGAGGAUAAGAGCCGCUUGAUUCGAAUCCACAACAAUCUCGGACACCCUAGUCCUCAAACCCUAUCCCAACACUUGAAGGCAGCGAAGGAGAGUCCAUCCUUGAUUGAAGCGGCACUGGAAUACCAAUGCGAUGCGUGCCUUGAAUCCACCGAGCCCCGACAUCAACGCCCCAGCAAGCUUCCCGAGCCCAAGGAGUUUAACGAGUUAGUGGGAAUAGACGGGUUCCAGUUCAAAAGUCGUUCCGGGUAUAGUGUCAAUGUGAUCCAUGUGUUGGACGAGGCUAGCUGUUUUCAUCUAGGACGGCGAAUCAACACGCGACAUGGCUCUCAGGCCAUUAAGACUGUCUCGGAAUUCUGGACGUCCUGGGCCGGACAACCCCGCAAAAUUUAUCUGGACCCGGCUGGGGAAUUUCGCUCUGAAGAAAUGUUGAGUGUCUUUCAAGGUAUGAGUGCACGAGUCUUUGUCAGUGCGGCAGCUUGGCAACGCGGCCGAGUUGAGAGACAUGGGGACAUAGUUAAGGAUAUGUUGGCCCGAAUGGACACCCAAGCUCCCAUCAUAAAUGACGAUACCUUUGAUCAAGCACUUCUCCAGGUUUUCCAAGCUAAGAAUGCCUUAGUGCGUCAUCAAGGUUACUCCCCAGAACAGAUCGUCUUAGGUAAGUCUGUCCGGGUGCCAGGAAGCUUAACAUCUGAUGAGGAUUUGUCUUCCCAUGCGAUCACAGAAGGCCUAGAUCUUGAAGCCGAGCAGCACCGUCAGCGCUUAGAACUCCGUUGCCAAGCCCGCCGAGUCUUUUGGGAAGCCGACAACAACCAAGCCAUACGACGAGCCAUACUUCGUAGGAGUAACCCUGUUCGAGGCCCAUAUCGACCGGGAGAUUGGGUACUGUACUGGCUCCGCAAAUCAUCCCCGAAUAGGUUGGCAGCCGGCCGUUGGCAUGGUCCCGCUAAGGUUAUUUGUCAAGAGGGUUUAUCCAUAGUUUGGGUUUCCCACGGGACAACUGUGCUCCGCUGUGCGCCAGAGAACUUGAGGCCCGCUAGCCUGCGGGAAUGGCAGAGCUUAGCCCCAUCGGACCAUGAGGGAUUACAUAAGAAUACUGGGGGUUCGAGUUCCUUUGUUGACUUAACAGUUUCCAACGCCCCGAGCGCUGAAAGCUCUCAGUCAACUGCACCCUCUGCCAUUCCAGAAGUGGGAGCUCCUCAAGCCACUCGUGCCAAUGCACCCACGCCUACCGAAGAUCCGAUUGAGCAACCUGAGCAUGAGCUGACUCCCCAAGUGUCACAAGGUGUGGAUGACGCUCAGGAACAGAGUGAGGUUGAGCGCGGAACAACUGGUUCAGUUGUGCCUGCUGCCCCUUCGCCUGUGCCAGCUCCGACUUCCCCGGAAGCCUUUGAGCCAUCUGCGUCCGAGGCUGAAAUCCCGAAUGCAACCAAUAUCCCAGUGCCCGGGUCCGAUGAAGGUUUAGUAGUUGAGGAUCUUCUUCUCGCCAGUACUCCUUUAAGUGCCGAGCCCGGAGAAGCAGAUGAGCUGAUGAGUUUCUUGACUUUGCAGGCCGGUGACCAGUCUUCGGGUCCGCCGCUCGCUGAAGAUAAUCUCCCCUACGUUGAAACGCCUCUGGAUUGUGCCGAGCACCAAGCUUUCUGCCUUGAGAUCCCAGUGAAUGCUAAAGCAGUCAAACGGUGGGCCCAAGAAAAGUCUCCUGAGCAAAUGGUUGCAUUGGCCUCCUUAAGCAAGCGAGCUCGAGCCGAAGUCUUUGUCAAAGACUUGUCAGCUGCUGAGCGUGAGUUGUUCGAGGUCGCCAAGUCCAAAGAGAUCCAAUGCUGGCUACAAACAUCAGCCAUUAAGCCCAUACUCAGACAGAAACUCAAUCCUGAGCAAAUCUUGAAGAGCCGUUGGAUUCUCACGUGGAAGGCCCCAGAAGUCGGAGAGGUGCAUCAACGCGCCAAAGCACGCUUAGUGGUUCUAGGGUUUCAGGAUCCAAAGCUAGUUGAUGUUCAUCGUGAUGCCCCCACGCUGUCUCGAGAGGGCAGAGCACUG